AUGAAGUUCAGUGUUGCUCUAACCGCCUUACUAGCCGCCACAUCCGUUGUCGAUGCCUCUCCAAUCGACUUUUUAAACAAAAAGAAGCACUCCGCCAAAGCAGCCUCCACUACUUCUACUCCAGUGAUUGCCAAUGCCUCAAACUUUACUAGUUUAUUCAACAUUUCUAACUUCACAAGUUUCGCUAACUCCAGUAUUUUCACUAACACUACCCGUAACAACAGUACUACUGUUGAAUUGCAAGAAACUGUUCAAAUUUAUGUUACUGGUGGUCAUGUCACCCUAGACAACUCUACUAUGAGUGCCUCUAACUGUACUAAUGUAUUAAACGAAACUAGUACUCUAAACAUCACCCAAUUGUAUGAUGUUGCCAUUGCUGUUAACUCUACUCUAGGUUAUAACAACACCAAGGGUAGUGUUAUUGUCACUACUCAAAACAACUUAGAAGCUCUAGGUUUCUUUGCUGCUGUUGUCUUCGACUCCUGUGCUCCAGUUGUUGUCGGUACUAAUGCCGAUCAAGCUUACCUAGUCGCUAACGACACUGGUGCCGCUAACAGAGGUGCUCUAGUUGUCGAUGUCGAUGGUGUUAUUUACUCUGGUAUUUUCUCUCCAUCUCUAGACCAAUCUGCUUCUUCCAUUCCAGUCGGUACCAUUAAUGAUGAAGAUGUCAUUACUUGGUUCUUUGAACCAUCUCUACCAGCCUUCAUUUCUGAAAAUUCUGGUUUGAGAACUACCUACACUAACUUCACCAACACUAAUCCUCUAGAAUACUCUCUUAUUACUCCAGUUGUUCCAAUUGUGUACGAUGGUGGUUACAGUGAAGACUUAAUCAACUCUGUUGCUUCUACCAUCUCUGGUCUAGUUGUCAUCUCCUCUGGUGCUUCAACUAACUCUUCUACUUCUCAAUUGGCUUCUGAAAGUAUCCCAGUUGUUUACACCGAAACCUCUCCAUUAAACGUCGUCACUGCUGGUGAUGUUCCAAAGGGUGCUAUUGCUGGUAGUUGUUUGACCCCAGUUAAGGCUCAAGUCUUCCUAGGUAUUGCUAUUGCCAACGAUGUUGCUGACGCUGCCUCUGUUGCUAAAUUAUUGAACUAA